CGACGGAAUUAAGUAGUGUUUAAGGCCUUUAUAAAGUCAUUCCCUCAAAGAUUAAAGAUAAAUGUUUGAACGUUUUAGGCCAAACGAAACGAUCAGGCAUCGCCAAGGACAGCUAAUGUUGGGUCCUCGCUUGCAGGACCUCCAGCAGAAGUAAACAAGAAAAGAUGCUGCGCUAAUGAUCAAUUAAACAUUGGUUUUGGACUAUUUAUUUUGAUGUUACAUGUCAUAUCUGAAGACGGGAUGGAGAAAGAUCACGAACUGGAAAAGUAAGUUACCCCUUUUUGGUGUUAGAGCUCAGAAAUGGAUCAAUAAGAGCUGUUUAGCUGCUAUGUGGACGCGAGGGAGGGAGGGGGUAUUUUUGGUGGACAGCUGUUGUAUUUCUGUGAAAAGACAAAUGUGUUGUGGUUGUAAUGAAAUCCUGCUAGUGUCACCAUUAGCUGCCUUAGCUGUGUGGUUAAAGGUCGGCUAUAUCAGUAGGUCUCCUCAGCUCAGACUCUGCUGACUCAGCAGCUCGGGUCAAACAGGGACACUGCUCCUGCCCCCCCUUUUCACUCACCAAUGAUUCACUUUCUCCUUUACACUGUGCAUCACUCUGUUUUCUCUCACUUAAUUAAAUGAUUCCUGCCUUGGCUCCCCCUUGAGGUUCUGUACCCUCUCUGUUUGUCCUCGGCUUCUCCUCCUCCUCCCUUGACUCACUUUGAUAUCCCUGUUCAGGCGUGCAGUGGAGGAGCUCCUAAAGGAGACUGACAGGGCCCGGGUAAGAGCAGAGACCAUGGGCCCUUCAGGAUGGUGAGUACUGUGUUUCACAUCCAACACAUAUCAGUCAUAUUUCAACACUGCCCUGUUACUUAUCAGACUCGUUUUAUUUGCUCUGGGACGUUUUUUUCGUAUGUAUUUUUAUUUCCCAUUUUAAUUAUUUGCUUAUUCAGUAAUUGACACACACACACACACACACACACACACACAAGCAAAUGACAGAUUAAAAUGCACAAAACCAACAAACUAUUCUAGCCAAGCAUAUCAAUCAAUCAAUCAAGUGACAAAGUGCUGUCCAUUCGCGCAGGAUAUUAAAAACACAAUGAUGUAAAAUAAAUAAAAGUACAAAUACCAAUCCCCAACCCCCAUUCGACACACACAGCACUCACACGCUCACUCACACAGAUGCACACUCAAAAGACCAGGUGAGGAAUCUUCGACUUGCCACUGAUGACUGAGGAAAUGCUUUCUUGAGUUAAAAAAGAUGAGGAAACACCGGAUCUAGGACUCAAACGAUAAAAUCCAUGAUUAAAUAUAAUAAAGGUCAUAAAGCUUUGAAAGUUAAUAAAAUAAAAGUCUUAAAAUCAAUCAAUAAAAGAAAGUAAAUUAAAAAGAAGUGGUACAACACAAAAUAGUUACUCACUGACUAAAAUAGUGUAAAAUCACAUAAUGCAGAUUAAAAGAUUAAUACAAAAUUCAAGUAAAAGCCAGACUAAAAAGGUAGGUCUUUAGUUUACUUUAACAAAAAAAAAUUAAAAAAAUAAUAUAUAUAUAUAUAUAUCAGUGGCGAUUGCUCUAAGACUGCAAGGGAAGCUCGGCUUCCCUUAAAAUGUCACCCCCCCAAAAAAAGAAAAAGUGGUGAAAUACGUACGGCUGUGUGUACAUUUCAUUAACUAAAUACGCACUAGAAAGCCUUCAACUUUUGUUCAGACACUGUGAUAAGAAGCUGAUAAUCACAGGUAACCGGCAUAACUUCGUUCUCAUUCAUCCUCGCAGCGCCUCAGCGCUCCAAACAGUCGGACGCUGGGCUUCUGCUGACUUCAAUGUGGAAGCUUAAAGUGGGUUGUUCCAGCAGCGAAACUAGACGCUCAUUGGAUAAAUGCUGGGCUUUGUCCCGCCCAAUGGAAGCUAAGCUUCACUGGAGUUCUAUGGCGAGAGGGCGGUCCCGACUUUCUCCCGGACUCCAAGCUUCUGCAUUCAUGAUUGGAUGAGCUGUCUGAGGCGAAAUCCUUUUUUGAUUGACAGCUAAACAAGCGAAUCAGCGAUCUUGAAGAAUAAAACAUCUACCAGAGCAUUUUCCAAGUCAUUCAUUCCGUUGUUCUUAACUGCUCCAGAGACUUUACCGAUCCUCAGCGACUGUUGUCUUUGUUAAAAACGACUGCCGUUGUUUUUGGCGACUCUGUUCUGUUACAUACUAAUAAACAAAUACAAUUAUGAUGUAGGCCAGAAAAAUGAGCUUCCCCUCCUUGAAAGACCAGCAGCCGCCACUGAUAUAUAUAUAUAUAUAUAUAUGUGUGUGUGUGUGUGUAUUUAUAGCCAAUCUAACAAACAUCUUCCAGUUUUGUGUAGAUGAUUUUGAAGGGUUCUUGCCCAAACAAUUUCACAGCGUGAUGAAUAACCCUAAAAUAAAAUGUUAUUUUUGAAAUGCCUCAUUUUUUCUCAACUAUCCCAUGAGAUUUAGUGACCCUUCUGCAAAAAAGUCCAACCUGUUCUCCCCAGAAAGUUCAUGAUAAAUCUGGAAACCAAAAUAAGCUUAUUUUUGUCAGAGGUUUAGUUACUCUGUCCCAUACUCUCAAGUGGUUAGCUUCUAUCUCCUUAACCACAACUUUUAAGGCCUGCUUUUCAUAUAUUUAUUAACAGUAUAAUAAUUUCACAAAAUCUAUGUAUACCCACAGCCAGACCUAAUAAUACUAGCACAAGACUUAUAACAUAUUAUAGAUCCCUUUGUACAUUAUUAUACCCUGUGAAGAGAUCAAGCAUCCUUACAUUUUAUUUGGUGUUUGGGGCUUUCCAUAGUUAAAAAAAUAAUAAUAAUCAUACUGCCAUUUCCUUCAAGGAUUCCAUUAUUUUUAAAUGAUCAUUUAUGCUAUGUCAAGUUUAGAAAUAAACUGAAGUAAAGACCUCUUUCAUAGAAGAAACCUAAGAAUGACAUGGAUACAACAUCAGAUGAAUGCAAAACAAACAAAAUAAACAAAGAUGGUCACCUACUCUGUGGUUCAAUUUCCCUGAGGUGUAACUGAGCUCCAUCAUUCAUAUUUCAUAUUGAUAAAGACCAAAGCCUCUCUGUCUCAAAUGUCAGUUGUCAAAAGCUGUGCCUGUUCACUCUCCUGCCAGGUUGAAGUGUCCCCUGCGGAGCACCAACAAGCGCUUCCUCCUGAACACUCUGCGUUCCACCGGCCUGAAGCAGCGUGAGCCCAGAUCUGGACAGUCCUCCACAAGAGGGCGCCUGAGGAGAUAUAACUCCCCAGACAGAAGCAGAGACCGCAGCAGAACACCUCCCAGAGAUCACAGGAGUAAAGGAGGACACACAGACCAUAAACAGCAUCACAGGGACAGCUGCAAUAACAAAGAUAAGAGGCGAGAGGGGGACAAAGAGAGGAGUAACAGGCACAGAGACAACAGAAAGCAGGGACAUGAGAGAGACGACCGGCCAGAACAGAGACGCAGAAAGACCUCAUGAACAACAACUCUGCUCUGUCCCCAACACUGAUUUUAUAAAUUACACACCUUUUUUAGGCAGCAGACACUCUUGGGGCUGAUCUGACCAGCCAAAACACCCCUCAGCGCUACUCUGUGCAGGUGGCCUGGUGGGAUAUACAGAGAAAAGAAGAGCCAGAGAAGACAUUUAUUUUCAGUUCCUAAUCCUGCUUAGUGAGUGGGAUGAAAAGAUGCCUCUUAAUUUGGGAUUUUGAAUUAUGUGGUAGGUGGUAGAAUUUAGCUAAUUCCUGUUAAACAGAGAGGAAUAUGACAUCCUAUUUCACACUCUUUUUGCAGAUUGACCUCUAAAUUUAAACAAUGAAGGGAUUUUUAAACAGAUUAUGAUUCAAUCUUUACACACGGUUCCAUUUUGUAUACUAUAAAUGUUACUUAUAGUAUCAUUACCUUUGCUCUGUCAUUGUUCACUGGUCUCAAUGUUUACAUUAGUCACUGGGUAAGCAUAUUUUAUCACCUGUCUAACUUUGUGACAAGUAUAUCAGAAACACCAUCUUUGUUAAAGGAGAUACAAAUUCUUUUUUUCUUGACACUCCUGUGUGGGCAAAAUAUAAUGACUGAACUUGUAUUUUCAAGAGUUACAUUAGGUUUCAACACGGACCUGUGCAUAACCGUCUAAUAUUUGUAAUACAGUUCAUAGCUGUCUCAUCCCCUUGGUUUUUAAAUACAGUGUUUUAUUGUUCAACA